GUGCACCUUAGUAAUGCUUUGUUAAGCUGGUCCCAAAGAGGGCUCUUGGCUACUGUUGAGGCACAGCCUCUAAAGCCCCUCUCUCAGUGAGCUCGCUCACUGCUGCUUAAAGAGAACUUCUUUGUUCAUUCUUUCACUUCGUGGAGUCUUUCUCAGUGUAGCAGAGCUUAACCCUGCCUAUUCUUUGCAUCUUUAACCAGGCUACUUCUUUCCUCUUGCAUUCAUUGUCAAGAUGCCUGUCUGUGUUAUCAUUGCAGAACUCCUCGGAUAAAGCAUCUAUCCUGGCCAUCCUCCAGAUCAUCAGCGAUCUGCUUUCCGUUGGCACAGACCGGAGAAUUCAUUAUAUGAUCAGCAAAGGUGGCAGUGAAGCCCUUCUUCAGACUCUGGUAGAUACGGCGAGGUCAGCUUCUCCUGACUCUGACAUCCUCCUGCCUCUCUUCAGGCUGUUGGCCAAAGUUGGCCUAAGAGAUAAGAAGUUUGGACAGAAGGCACUGGAGUCAGAAGCACUUGAUGUGACCUUGAUUCUGGCCAGAAAAAACCUGUCCCACAGCCAGAACCUUCUCCACUGUCUCUGGGCAUUGCGUGUAUUUGCCUCCAGUGUAACCACAGGAGCCAUGCUGGGAAUUAAUGGAGCAAUGGAACUGCUUUUCAAGGUCAUUUCUCCUUACACCCGGAAGCACACCCGGACAAUCAGGGCAGCCACUGAAGUUUUGGCAGCUUUGCUGAAAUCCAAGUCUAACUGUCGCAGGGCAGUGAACAGAGGCUAUGUCACCAGCUUACUCAGGCUUCAUCAGGACUGGCACAGCCACGAUGUGACCAACACCUAUGUGCUGAUCCGCCAUGGGCUCCUGCUCUGCCUCAGGCACAUUGUCACCCUCCGGUCUGGCAGAGAGGCCUUCCUGGCAGCCCAAGGCAUGGAGACUCUCUUCAGCAUUGCACAGACCUGCCUGGAGAACAAGAGCGUGGAACCUGUGAUCUCUGCUGUGAUUCAGAUCCUCAGGCAGUGCUACCCCGAGAGCCCACUCCCCCUGGUCACUGCCAGGAGUGCCUACACCUUCCCAGCUCCCGGAAGCAGCAGCUCGGGGCCUCCACAAGGUCUAGCCGAAGAAGAUUUUGAAGAUGAUGGUGAUGAGGAGAUGGACAAAGACUCAGAUGCGGAGGCUGUGAAAGAAGAUGAUGACUUGGAAACUGACAUGAGUAAACUGAGUCCUAAUCCUGGUUUUGACCUACCGGAGGAGGAACUGGCACGGUAUGCUGUGAUGUGUCCGGAGCUCUCCUAUAACUUUGAGGAACUGGAAUCCAAAUAUGGAGAUGAUUUGAACAUCAAAGCCACCCCGUUUGCCAAUCACCACCACAUUCCAAGUGUUGCCUCUCUAAGACAACAGUGCUUCAACAAAGAGCACAGCUCCUGGGGACAAGAAAGUGAAGACACAGACCAUAUUUCCAUUCUGCACUUGGUGAAGGGAGGGAAGUCCAGCAUACGGCCAUCCUCAAAACAAAGACCUUUAAUGAAUGAGAACCAAAGUAUACAACAAAAUGGCUUUGGGAUAGAUUCUUCUGGACAUGAUGCCUCUGAUGACAGUCAGGCUUCCCUAGAACAGGCUGCUUGGGACAUAGAAGCCAUUUCUUGCCCAACGAUAACUGCCUCGUUUUCCAACUUUACUAUGUCAGAAGAAGGCAAUGAAGCAGCAGAGAAGCUUCUGCACACACAUCCCAGGAACACACCAUUCCAUGAUCCUCAUCUUUACAUGGCCAAUGCUAUGAGAACAAGAUCUGCUGUGGGAUUCAAGAUGAUGGCGUUACCUGAUCUCUGGGGGCAUUGUCCACCUACCACUGCUCAACCCAUGCUGGAUCGCAAAUUGGGAGUACAGAGGAUCAAGAUACUUGAGGAUGUCCGGAGGCUCCUCCAGCCAAGUGAUGUUAUAAAUAAAGUUGUCUUCAGUUUAGAUGAGCCUUGGCUUUUGCAAGGCCCUGCUUCCAGUUGCUUAAGGUUUCAGUCCAAGUUUGAAUCAGGAAAUCUUCGUAAAGCCAUCCAAGUGCGUGAGUUUGAGUAUGACUUGUUGGUCAAUGCUGAUGUGAAUAGCUCUCAGCACCAACAGUGGUUCUACUUUAAGGUGAGCGGCAUGAGGAGCGCUGUCCUUUACCGCUUCAACAUCAUCAACUGUGAGAAACCCAACAGCCAGUUCAACUAUGGGAUGCAGCCGACCCUGUAUUCUGUGAAAGAGGCUCUCCUAGGUCGACCUGCCUGGAUACGGACAGGCUCUGAAAUUUGUUACUACAGAAAUCGCUAUCGACGGAAUGCAGCUGCCAUGGAUGGAGCAUCAGGGAAGCACUAUUACACGCUCACUUUUGCUGUCACCUUCCCACACAAUGAUGAUGCCUGCUACCUGGCCUAUCACUAUCCCUAUACCUACUCCACCCUCAUGACUCAUCUUGAAAUUCUGGAAAGAAACAUCGAUCCUAGGCAAGUCUACUUCCGGCAGGAUGUUCUCUGCCAGACAUUGGGAGGGAAUCCUUGUCCGCUGGUGACUAUCACUGCCUUCCCUGAAUCUAACAGCGCUGAACAUCUGGAGCAGUUCCGCUGUCGUCCAUAUCAGGUGAUCACAGCCCGAGUUCACCCUGGAGAGAGCAAUGCCAGCUGGGUGAUGAAGGGAACUUUGGAGUUUCUAGUCAGCAAUGACCCUGUGGCAAAGCUAUUGAGGGAAAACUUCGUGUUCAAGAUCAUCCCUAUGCUUAACCCAGAUGGUGUCAUCAAUGGCAAUCACAGAUGCUCACUGAGUGGAGAGGAUCUCAAUAGACAGUGGCUCAUUCCUCAAGCUCAUCUCCAGCCAACCAUCUACCAUACCAAAGGUCUCCUCCACUACCUGAGCAGUAUUGGCAAGGGACCUGUGGUCUUCUGUGAUUUCCAUGGACACUCCCAAAAGAAGAAUGUAUUCCUUUACGGUUGCAGCAUGAAGGAAACUUUAUGGCAGGCAGGCUGCACUGUGGGUGGCUCUGCCCUCCUGGAAGAUGUCAGCUACAGGAUGCUUCCUAAAAUCCUGGACAAGCUAGCACCAGCAUUCACCAUGAACAGCUGCAGCUUUCUGGUGGAAAAAUCACGAGCCUCCACUGCCCGGGUCGUAGUGUGGAGAGAGCUGGGGGUUUCCAGAAGCUACACCAUGGAGAGCAGUUAUUGUGGCUGCAACCAGGGCCCCUAUCAGGGUCUACAAUUCGGUACCAGAGACCUGGAGGAAAUGGGAGCCAUGUUCUGCUUGGGCCUCCUCAUCUUGGAACUCAAAUCUGCAAGGUGCAGCCAUAAGCUCUUGGCUCGAGCUACAGCUCUGCUGAAUGCAGAUGCUCUGGACCACUACCUCCAGCGGUGCAGCAGCAGCAGCAGCAGCAGCAGCAGCAGCAGAUCCUCAGAGGUAGAUGAUGAGCCAUCAUGUAUGGAAGAGAUUGACUACAGUGCAGACAGCAGCUCGGAUCCAGAACACAACCUCGCUGAGCUAGACCGGCAGAUCCAGGAGUGUGCCUUUAACAAGGAUGAAGAAGAGGGAACAGAGGAAGUGAUAGGGCAGAGAAGAUCUGUCCCAUUGUGCUGAUGUCCAGUGCCAGCUCUGUGUCUCCAACCAUUAGAUAUAUAGUGCCUGAGCCAAUAGGAAAACUAGUCCGUGUGGGUUUAGUUACUCUCUUUUUGUUGCUGUUCUGGCUUCACCAUGCAAAGAAGCUGGGUAUGUCAUAAUUAUAAGGUUUUAUAUACACAGCAUGCUGUCAUUGCACUUAGAAAUGGGCUUGUAUGGUGUUUUCAGAAUUGCAAUGGGUCCUCUCUACAUCGACUCAGCUCUCCACCAGUCCUGGGCAAACACAGAAGGAGACUAUAAGCAGAGGGUUUUCUUCCUGGGUUAUUCUCAGAAAGAGUACUAAGCAUUUAGGUUGCUCCAAAUAUGAAUAUUUUCCCAAUACUGUAGCAUCUGAGCUUGCAGCAUAGACACAGAGCCUGCUAAGAUUUUGAAAGGCUUGGCAGCUCUUCAGCUACUGGGUGAUCGAACAUAAAAGCCUGUGAGACCAAGUCACAGCAAGUAUUGUCUUCCAUGUUCUAUAACAGUGUGCACUUUGCAGAGGCUGGAAAAGUCAGAAGCUGGGCUGUAUUCAGUGGUAAAGAACAUGAUUACUCGUUUUCAAAAAUUCCAAAUUUGUACCUCUAAAGCCAUUUAAACACACACUGGAGAUACGAGAUGUACUGGGAAAUCCAUUUAUUGUAGAAUCAGACAGACAGAUGUGGUUCAUAUCCUGCAUCUGGCAAGUGGCUUGUUCUGAAAACUUAAGCAAGUAAUUAAAUCUCCUGAAACCUCAGGGUUUUUAUAUGUCUCUUGGGAAUGGGCAUAUCUAUAUCACAAAGUUAUGGUAAAGAUGAAAUGAAAUCAUAUAUGAAAGUGUGCAACUUGGCACCUGCUACAUGCUAACACUAGCUCACAGCACAUUUCCCACCCAGGACAGAGAAUUCUAUGUAAGUGUUUGCACAGUUAUGAGAAAACACUCUCUGGUGCCUGAUGUUUGCAAUGUAUUCCUUUCUGGAAGAGAUUUGCAAAAGAAGCCACAGAAGAGACAUGUGGAAAAUUAACAUGGUGGAAAUGGCAGAGGGCCUUUCAGCACACAGAGGGACACAGCUUUGAGACUGAACAGUGAGAUAAACAGGACCAGGGAGAGAAAUCCAGAGAUUUCUAGAUACAAGUGGGAGAGAAGAUGUAUAGUGUAGAUGGUAUUUAGUAUACACAUGUCAUUCAUAUUUAGUUAGGAUUGGAUUUGACUAUGAGAAGUUGAAGUUAAAAAAUGGUGGUAAAUUUCCUAAGUCCUUUUCUUUCAUGUGAGUUUCAUAUGUGAAAAAUGUUUAGAGCUGGUGUUAUUGUUGCUUCAUAUCAGAGAUGCAAUGCCUGCUACUUCUACAAAUAUCAAACUCUUAAUCUAGGGUGGCUGCAGAAACAUCAGCCUUUGCAUCCACAUCCCAUACUCCAAUAAGAAUAAUACAAAAACCAGAAAGGGCUCUCUGCUGUUCAAAAUUUUACACAUAGAACUUUUGCUUAAUUUUAGCCACACAGAUGACUACGAGGGAGGUUGAAAACUGUCUUUCUGAGAUAGUCCUUGACAUUUGAAUUUCAGUACAAAAGAAACAGACAAUAUUGCAUAUUUGGUGAUAACUGCCAAAGAUGCAUUUCCUAAGCUGUCCACCAACUCCAGAUAGUUUUUAAAACAGUUAACAAAGAAAACUCAAAGAAAGCCAUGGGGCAAGAUUCUGCCACAGUUUAGCAUCAAGGUGUAGAGGAAAGAUAUACCCAUUACAAUUUAGAGAAUUCAUAACAUUGGUAGUCUUUCACUUUUAUACUUCUUUUUCAAAUUCUUGCUACAUCUCAGAAAAUCCAUUAUUUCUCCUUAGACAUUCAGUGUUCUAUAACGUACAUGUGAAGUUUAAUGGAAAAAAAUUGGAAGGAAGUUCAAACUCCAGCCUCAGAGCAUCUUUUAUCUCUUAACUCUUCCUGUGUUCAUCUUCCUACCUUCCCACUCUCAAAAAGAAGAUCGAAAUAUUUCUCCUGGAUUUCCAUUGACUUGAGGAGUGAAAGGCAUAAUCCUGUUGAAAUAUAAGUGCCAGAAAGGACAGGGAAAAUGGUCAUCCUUACCAGGAAUUAGCACCGAAUCGUAAUUAUUUCAGGCUUUAGUUCCUAGUCAUCUACUCAGCCCUGAAUGAUCAAGGACAAAGUUAACUUCUCCAGGGAGAAUUUUUUUUAGAAGUCAUGAACGUGGAAUAUUCAUUGAUCUAUCUAGGCAAAAGAGUUAUGUAAAACACCUACUGUGUGCCAUGUACUCUACUGAACUGUAAGAAUGAAGAUGAAAGAGACUAUGUCUUGAAAUUCAGAACUUACUUGAGGUGUGUAAACAAUAAACAUUUUAUUUUAUUA